AUGCAAACUUUCUACAAAUACUAUUCUGGAGAGAAAAAGGCUCCUGUGAUGACCUUAUUCAUAGGUGGAAAUCAUGAGGCUUCCAACCACUUACAAGAACUUCCUUAUGGUGGCUGGGUUGCUCCCAACAUUUAUUACUUAGGUUAUGCUGGCGUUGUUCGCUAUAAAGGCGUUCGUAUUGGAGGUGCAUCUGGGAUUUUCAAAUCUUACGACUACAGGAAGGGUCACUUUGAAUACCCUCCUUAUAAUCAUGAAUCCCUUCGAACUGUUUACCACAUUAGAAAUAUUGAUGUUUUCAAACUAAAACAGAUUCAAAUGCCCAUGGAUAUCUUUUUGAGUCACGAUUGGCCGCAAGGUAUAUAUAACUAUGGAGACACAGCAGAUCUUCUUAAAAAGAAGAAGUUUCUGAGACAGGAAGUGGAGUUUAAUUCUCUUGGAAGUCCUGCUGCAGCAGAGCUUCUGUCUCACCUGCAACCUACCUACUGGUUCUCUGCACAUCUUCAUGUCAAGUUUGCUGCAGUUAUGGAACAUCCUCCCAAAGGUAGUGCCCUGCCACGUGUGACUAAGUUCCUUUCACUUGACAAAUGUUUGCCCUACAGAGAGUUCUUGCAAAUCGUGGAUAUGGCAGAUAGAUCAGGUUCAUCUGAUGAAGGUCUUGAGUAUGAUCCAGAGUGGCUUGCUAUUCUAAAGAAUACAAACAGUUUGCCAUCAAUCAGCCAUCAAAACUGGAAUCCACCAGAAAAUAAUGGUCUGCAUGAAAAGUGGGACUUCAGAGUUUCAGAAGGUGACAUGAUGAAAGUGGUGGAAGAUCUUAAUGGCAACCUGGCCAUACCAGACAACUUUUGUUUGACUCUACCAGCUUAUGAUCCCACAAAUCCCCACCCACAGAUGAGCCCGAGUUAUAACACCAACCCACAAACCACAGAGAUGUGUGCCACUUUAGGUCUCACAGACAUCUACGCUCAGGUUGGACAGAGUAGAGAGUUGAGUCAGAGUUUUAGUGAUUCUAGAGGGGAGAACAAUGAAAGCGGAGAUGAGCUCAGCGAGUAUCCAACCGAUACUUCAGCAUUGUCAGGUUCUUUCAAUCCCGAUGAGAUCACAAUAGAGGAUGAAUGGGAAGAGGAGGAGGAUGCAAAGGAAGUGGAAAUUACCAAACUUUCAACAGGUUCAAUCCACACUCCUAGCCGCUUGAUUCUGCCUGCACCAAAGUCCUCGGUUUCCCCCGGUGACUUAAUGAACAACAUGCCUUCUCCUUCUCACUCAACACCAGCACCAGUCCGCUCUCAAUCUCAAAGCGACAGUCUUAAUGACAGUAAGGAGGAUACAUCGCCUACCCGUGUGAUGAAGCGUAGUAGCGAUGAAAAGGCAAAUCCUGGCAGCCGCAACACUACGCCAUUGAUAAAGCGAAGGAACCAGGAGAUAUACACAACAGUAGAUGAUGAUGAAAACUAA